CUCUCUGUUUGCCGUCUUCUGUGCGAAUUGGGUGCCUACUCUUGCUCGUUAUGGAAGAUUUGCAGAAGCUCCUGCUACAUGACCAUGGUCUAUCAGUUUCGACACUUCCGGAGAAAGGUCGCUGCCUCUUCACUACUCGAGAAUAUUCCCCAGGAGAAAUUAUAUUAUCUGAAGAACCUUAUGUUUCUGUACCAAACAAAACUCCAGUGAAAUCCAGAUGCGAUUGGUGUUUUACAUCAAGUAAUGUGAAGAGAUGUUCAUCUUGUCAAGUUGUGUGGUAUUGUGGAAGUAAGUGCCAGACAUCUGAUUGGAAGGUGCAUAGACUUGAAUGCCAACUUCUUGCCAAGCUGGAGAAAAAUAGAAUAAAAUCUCUUACACCUUCUAUACGUUUGAUGGUUAAACUUUACCUACGCAGGAAGUUGCAGAAUGAAAAGGUUAUUCCUACUAGUGUGACAGACAACUACAAUCUGGUGAAAGAUUUAGUAUCUCAUAUCUCGGAAGUUGAAGAGAUGCAGUUGGUGUUGUAUGCACAAAUGGCAAGUCUUGUGAAUAUAAUACUCCAGUGGUCUACUCUCAAUAUUAAAGAGAUUGCAGAAAAUUUCUCCAAGCUCGCAUGCAAUGCACAUACAAUUUGCGACAGUGAGCUGAUACCAUUAGGAACCGGACUAUAUCCCGUCAUUUCCAUUAUAAAUCACAGCUGCUCUCCAAAUUCAGUUCUUGUAUUUGAGGGCAGAAUGGCAACUGUACGUGCUAUGCAAACAAUACCAAAAGGCAGUGAGGUAUUGAUAAGUUACAUAGAGACAGCAGGAAGCACCAUGACUAGACAAAAGGCUCUGAAAGACCAAUACUUCUUCAUCUGCAGUUGUCCCCGAUGCAUAAAACUGGGUGAGCAUGAUGAUAUUGAAGAAAGUGCAAUUCUUGAAGGAUACAGAUGCAAGAAUCACACAUGCAAUGAAAGUAAAGGAUUUAAAUGCCAACAAUGUGGGAUUAUAAGGGAGAAAGAAGAAAUUGUAAAGAUUGCUAGUGAAGAAAAAACAAUGUCAAACAAGGCAUCUGUAGCACUUUCCUCUUGUCAUAACAAGGAAGCGCUUGACAUGUAUUUAAUGGUUGAGAAACUCCAAAUGAAGCUUUGUCAUUCCUUUUCAAUCAAUCUAAUGCGUACAAGGGAAACUCUAUUAAAAAUAUUAAUGGAGUUGCAAGAUUGGAAGAAAGCACUUACAUAUUGUAGACUCACUAUCCCAGUUUAUGAAAGAGUGUACCCUAAAUUCCAUCCUUUAAGAGGGUUGCAAUAUUAUACGUGUGGGAAGCUUGAAUGGUUACUUGGAUACACUGAUGAAGCUAUUAAGUCGCUUACACAAGCAGUUGAUGUAUUACGCAUUACUCAUGGAACUAAUACUUCUUUCAUGAAGGAUCUUAUUGCAAAAUUGGAAGAAGCACAAGCAGAAGCUUCUUACAAGCUUUCAUCAAUGGAUGAUUAGUGAUAUCAAUUUGUACUUAAUGUUAAUGAGGACUUCACUUAAUCUGAUAAGUUAUAUGUCAGUGUUUCUUUUUGACUUAAUAGAGAAAGUCAAGGAAAUGUGGCUUUUCUAUCAAGUCCUAACUUAGUUUAUGUAAUUUUUGGUAGAUGUUCUCUUUUAUACAAUUGUUAAACAGGUAGAAAAUUUUGGGGAUUCAUGACUAUUAAAUACAAUGCUGCACAUAUUUGAGCAAC